GAUUAGAAUGUUGCCGCUUAAUUGGCACAGCACACACCUUUCACCGAUCAAACUGAUUGACGUGUCCAGGCUCGACAUUACCAAAGUUACAUUUGGUUCCCACGCUCCCCGCGCUAUUUCUGUCUUGUCAGCAUCCAAUGUCAACUUGCAUUUGUUUGAAAUUAAGUCUGAGCGCGGCGCGCAUGCAUAGAAUGGUUUCCCCAUAGAAUUCGUUUUCAAGACAGCUGGCUACCGUUUGCAGCUUCGUGGAAAUUUGGCCGGGCAAGUCAACACUAACGUAUAAGUUAGUCCGUAGCUACAGGUCUGUAGGCAACGUUUGUCAGUGUUUGGUUCGUUAGCUGUCGUUUAAUUGACAAACCGUGUCGUUUGAAUUGUUGUUGACAGGUAACCUCGGCUGUUGCGCUGACGAUAAACUUUACACAAAUUAGCCAGUUAGCUAGGUGUCGCUGGCUUGGUAAGAGAGUCUUCAUUGUCUUGAGCUGCAAGCCAAGGGUUACAAGGUGAAAGUCAUGAGGAAGCGAUGCCAAAGAUGGAGUACAACACCUCCCUCAGUAACUGUGCGCAUCAACCCCUCCACUGCACACAGUCUUCAGCUAAAGAGAGGCCUUCGGAUGAAACGACCAAAUAUUCAAGAGGUGCAAGGCCCGCCAGAGAAGAGUCAUAACGGCCGGGGUCAUGACGACGCCGCUCAGAGAUAUCUCUCGUGGGGUCCCACUCUUGUGAUUAAGCGUCAGGAGAUGGCAGCUUACUUCAGACUAUUUGAUGAUGGCCUUAUACAGGAUUUCUUAUGGAUGGAUUGUUGCUGUAAAAUCACAGACAAGUAUUUGCUGGCAAUGACAUUCGUCUACUUCAGAAGGGCUCAUUUCAGCAUUCAUGAACACAACAGAACUAACUUCUUCAUAGCACUUUACCUGGCUAACGCUAUGGAGGAGGACGACGAGGAGGGCAAGUACGAGAUCUUCCCCUGGGCGCUGGGGAAGAGUUGGCGGAAACAGUUCCCAGGAUUCCUGAAGCAGAGGGACAAACUGUGGGCACGCAUCGAGUACCGGGCAGCUGUCAGUCGCCGCUGCUGUGAGGAGGUUAUGGCUAUUGUGCCGACCCACUUCAUCUGGCAGCGGGUACGUGCGGAGCACCACAGCGGGGCACAGCGCCAGUACCGUGACCGUGACGAUGUGCACCUGCCCCGCGGGCCGUCUGCUGGCUCCCCCGAGCCCUGUGGCCUCUGUGCCAAAAGCGCCGCCCUCACCGCCUCGGCCUCGUCCACCUCCUCCUCCUCCUCCUCCUCCUGCUGCCUCGACGACGACUCCUCCGCCAACCACAACUCCCCUGCCGUCUCCUCCUCCUCGCCGCUCCCCUUCAGCCUGUCACUCUCUCUAGAGAGCACGCCGCCGCCUCCUCCUCCUGCCCGAGGCAGAGUGCCCGCCAGGCCCAGCAGGCGGAACAGGCAACGCCGCGUCUGCCUAUGCUGCUCUCAGGACCCCACAGUUGGAGACCUGGUGUGUGAGGCAGAACAUGACCCUACAAUGGACUGGAUUGGCGAAGAGUAAAUUCGAAUACACAUGUAAUAUUUGAGUAUAUAUGUAAAUUAAUAUAGUUAUUUGUAGACAUUGAUCCACAAAUGUUUGGAUUUGUCAGUUCCUUUAUGUGUAUCUGUCAAAAAAGACAAGAUAUUUUUGUAACACUGCUUUUUGAAAAGAACGUUUAGUUUGAGCUUAUACUGGUUUGUAUAGAUUUCUUCAACCAGGUAAUGUGAAAACUUAAUGUUGAAGUACACGUUAUCAGAAUCCAGAAACUGAACUCUCAUUAGUUACAGUUAAUUGUAAAUAGGUUGUGUGAAUUACACAUACCUUUCAGACCGAAGGCCAGUGUCCUGAUAGUGUCACAACUUAAAUAAUUUAUGUUCUCUCACCCUCAGCUCUGGAUGAUUAGAGGUAUUUAUGUAUUUAUGGUCAACACCUGGCGAUCUAGCCAGGUGUAAACAUGUCUGCAGUGUUACCAGUUGCAUUUACCCCAGGAACACUUCCAGCAUGAGCGCCGCCUCCUAAUGAAGUGAUUUGAGUGGCUGUUGAAAAUGCUGUGGGAUCCAAGGGGGUCGUUUACUGGUUUCGGGUUUUAACUCUGAAGCCACCGUGUGACAAUAAAUAUGGAAAGAACUUCAGUUGCUGUGAA